AUGGCGUCUCGACGCGUCUCGCUCGCGCAGACGGCGCGCGCGAGUUCACCGCGCCGAGCGAUCGCGUCGAGACGGGUUCGCGAGGCGAACGUGCGACGCGCGCGCGCGCGGAGCGUCAAAGACAGCGAGGCCGAUGCGACGGUCUCGAGCGUCGAGCGCGAUGACUCGCUCCUCGCGAACGCCGAGCGGGCGGUGAACGAGCGAUUGAUCGCGAGCGCGGUGGCGGUGAUCGAUUAUCUCUACGCCGGACGAUCGUACGCGCGGUUUCACGCGCUGGAGACGGUGGCGCGCGUCCCGUACUUUAGCUUCAUGUCGGUCCUGCACCUGUACGAGACCUUCGGGUGGUGGCGACGGGCGGAUUACCUGAAGGUGCACUUCGCGGAGACGAUGAAUGAGUAUCAUCACCUGUUGAUCAUGGAAUCCUUGGGCGGGGCGGAGCUUUGGCGAGAUCGGUUCUUCGCCCAACACGUGGCGGUGGCGUAUUACUGGAUUUGCGUCGCGCAGUACUUGGUGUCGCCUCGGUGGGCGUAUAAUUUACUCGAGCAGGUGGAGAGUCACGCGUACGCGACGUACGAUAAGUUUCUUGAGGCAAACGAGGAGGUUUUGAAGAAGACACCGGCACCGCGGGUGGCGGUGGCGUAUUACACCAAGGGCGACUUGUACCUGUUCGACGAGUUCCAAACCGGGGAGAAAGGGGCGCGGAGACCGAAGAUCGAUAACCUGUACGACGUCUUCGUGAAUGUGCGAAACGAUGAGGCCGAACACAUGAAGACGAUGGAGUUCUGUCAGCGCCCUGGAAACGGAUUGCGAUCGCCGUCGAGCAAACAGGCGUUGUUCGCGAUGAGCGGCGAAUGCGGCGAUGAGGUGUGCGAGACCGAGAUCGAGGAAGAUCUCGCAGGUCGCUCGUGUGAGGGUCUGGUAGACUGUGUCGUGAACUUCGGCACGGGCUCAGUGAGCACGUACGAUCCCAACGAUGCGAGCGCGUCGGCGCGAUGA